CAAAAUAACUUUUCAAAAAAAUUCUCUUAUUAAGUUUUGCUUACGCUGGCAUCUAGCAUAAAUCGAUGGCAAAAAAAUUAUUUUAAUUAAAAAAACAAAACAUAAAAAAACCUAAAAAUAAAUAAAAAUUCGCGACGCGUUAACGUCGCGUUUGAGUAAAUAUUUUUGAUUGAAUUUCGUGUCGUGCGUAAGCCGCAAAAACCGUCAACAUAACGACGCAACUACUGAAUAGUUUUCUUAAGGGUUCCCCCCACCAAACCACGAUCGACAUUAUGCAGAAGCUGUACUCGGAGGCGCCGCCAACGAGUGGCCCCGUCAGCAUGACCAGCUCAAGUGGCGGGAAUAAUACAGGUGGCGGCGGUGGAGGUGGAGGAGGUGGUGGAGGCAGCGCUAAUCCGAACAGCAGUACAGCAAAUGGAGGCACAAUGAGUCCAUUAGCGCGUUCCGCAUACACAAUGAAUACCAUGGGUAUGCCCGUCGGUGGUAUGGGCUCGGUAUCGCCACAAACAGCUGCAACAUUUGGUACAAGCGUACUGGAAUCUGCCGCUGCAGUUGCAAGUAUGGGUGGCAGUAUGGGUGCAGCUGCUGCAAUGAAUUCCAUGGCAGGCAAUUGUAUGACGCCGAGUUCGAUGAGUUAUGCAUCGAUGGGUUCACCAUUGGGAAAUAUGGGAAAUUGCAUGGGAGGCGGUAUGUCUACAAUGGCAGCAAUGGGUGGUUACUCGGCAAUGGCUUCUGCGGCUGGUGCACGCGACUUAGAUGCGGGUUCACCAAACUCUUUAAAUCGUGCUAGAGUUGAGAAACCAACAACAUACAGACGCAGUUACACACAUGCUAAACCACCAUAUUCGUAUAUAUCACUAAUAACGAUGGCCAUACAGAAUAAUCCAACACGCAUGUUAACCUUAUCGGAAAUAUAUCAAUUUAUAAUGGAUUUGUUUCCUUUCUACCGGCAAAAUCAGCAACGUUGGCAAAACUCGAUACGACAUUCACUUUCAUUUAACGACUGCUUUGUGAAAAUACCACGCACACCUGAUAAGCCUGGGAAGGGCUCGUUUUGGACUCUACACCCAGAUUCUGGAAAUAUGUUUGAGAAUGGUUGUUAUUUACGUCGGCAGAAACGUUUCAAAGACGAAAAGAAAGAAGCCAUACGACAAUUGCAUAAAAGUCCCUCGCAUAGCAGUUUGGAAGCUACAAGUCCUGGUAAGAAAGAUCAUGAAGAUUCGCAUCAUUUGCAUCAUCAUCACAGUCGUCUAGAUCAUCAUCACCAGCACCAUCACAAGGACGGUGUUGGUUCGUCAGUUGGUGGUGCAGGCAGCGUACUUGGUGGUGCUCAUAGCAAAGAUGCCGAAGCGCUUGCAAUGUUACAUGCAAAUGCGGAACUUUGUCUAGGUCAGCAAGCGCAACAUGCACCCACACACCACCAUCAACAUCACCAUCAACUACAGCAAGAAGAAUUGUCUGCUAUGGUGAAUAGGUGCCAUCCAUCGCUAAUUAGCGACUAUCACAGCUCUAUGCAUCAUCUAAAACAAGAGCCGACGGGUUAUACACCAUCCAAUCAUCCAUUCUCAAUAAAUCGCUUACUGCCCACUGAAUCAAAAGCCGAUAUUAAAAUGUAUGAUAUGAGUCAGUAUGCAGGCUAUAAUGCACUCAAUCCAUUGACGAAUUCACAUGCCGCCUUAGGCUCUUCAGACUCCUAUUAUCAAAGUCUCGGCUAUCAUGCGCCUGCCGGCACGACCAGUUUGUGACAUCACCAGUACCCACUGGCUUAAG